AGUCCAUUCUUAAUUCUACGAUUUCUAGUUUAAACGUACUUUUUCUGCUCUGGAAUUAUACGUUAUUUGUGAAUAUACUUGGUUUAUAUAAGAACGAAGCACGCCAUUUGGAUUUAUCUACAAAUAGAACACAGCGGACUAAUCUUACUGACAGGACUACCGGUGUAAACUAAACACGGGGAAUAUAGAGCAUCUGAACACAGCCGACAGCUUAGUUUAAAAUCCACAAUGGCAGAUCAACUAACAGAAGAACAAAUAGCAGAAUUCAAAGAAGCUUUCAGCUUGUUUGAUAAAGACGGAGAUGGUACCAUCACAACGAAAGAGUUGGGAACAGUAAUGAGGUCUCUAGGCCAAAACCCAACAGAAGCUGAACUGCAGGACAUGAUCAACGAGGUUGAUGCAGAUGGCAACGGCACGAUAGACUUCCCAGAAUUCCUGACCAUGAUGGCACGGAAAAUGAAGGAUACUGACAGUGAAGAAGAAAUCCGUGAGGCAUUCCGUGUAUUUGAUAAAGAUGGAAAUGGCUUUAUCAGUGCAGCUGAAUUACGACACGUUAUGACAAAUCUAGGAGAAAAACUAACAGAUGAGGAAGUGGAUGAAAUGAUCCGAGAGGCUGACAUCGAUGGUGAUGGACAAGUGAAUUACGAAGAGUUUGUGACGAUGAUGACCUCAAAGUAAUUAUUGACAAUGGACAUAGUAGAUUUUUUCAUUAAAUUUGUUGUCAUUAAAAUCACGUGGAAUGUACGUUGUUGGUACACUUUUGUGACCAUACUGGGGAAUAAAUGCAGUCCGUAUGUUGCUGAUGGAAGCCAGACUGGAUGGCCAUCUGAUAUAGGAACCAUUCGACAGCAACGCUGUAUUUCCAGGCCAAGGGAUUGACAGGGAUUCCUUCCAAUGGAAACCAUGUCCCAGUUAUGAUGUAGAGCUGCUAUUUCGUUCUACAGAUGCUACGGAUUAUCAGGCAGGGAGAUUUAUAGUUGUUAGUGUAGCUAGCUUAGGCACUUCAGAUUUUUGUAAAAAAGAUAAAAAAAAAGAGGGAAAAAGUUGUAUGUUACUGGUGUCCAUUAUUGUUGACAGACGUUUCAUUCAUCAACAUUUCUCUCAUUACCUGUUGACAUUUGUUGUUACAUCCUGUGCAUUUCUCUUCAUUAUACAUUCUUCAGGAAAAAAAAACAUUUAAGGGUGUACAAAUUGGUAAAUUCACUUUUCACCGUGAGAUAAUAUCGAUAAAAAGAUAAUCAUGAUUGUCUCCAAAAUAAAUAUUAUUGUAAUUUUUCAGAGUUCUAUUUUGUCAUCCCUUCUUCAAAGUUGUUGCUAAAUUCUUUUCAAUCUGGGUUGGGAGCGUGUAGCUGCACAGAAUUAUACAUGUAUGUCUGGUGGAUAGUAUUUAAAGAUGUUUAUUUAUAUUUCAAAACUGUUUACUUUCAGGAGAUAUGUAUAUAUGAUAUAUAUAUAUAGUUAAUAAAAUUGAAUAUAUGUCAAGAUCA